CGAUUUCGCAUAGCAAUACUCUGAAAAACAGGUGUUGCUUUCCACAGGCAGGCUUUCGCCGAUUCGUCGGGAUUCCGCGUCGUGUUCUUUGCUCUUUGCCGGUGGUUUUCUCGAGUCGAUGUGCGACCGUUGCCGCAUUUCCGAACUCACCGAGGCUGCGGCAACGCAACAUGGAAAGAUUCGAGUCCAAAUAAAAUACAAACAGCUGACAGAGUCUUUUGCCCAUUUCCUCUCCCUUUUCACGAGGACGAGAAGACUGUGACGUGGCUCUUGGGAGGGAAGCCUGGCUUGGAACGGUACCGAAGACAGUGCAGAAAGGAGUUUCCAAGAGUGUGUAUGCCCCCGGUUCAUCGAGAGGAACGAAAUCGGCUGCGAAACCCUCUCGUCUUUCUCCACGUUCUGACUGUUCAUUUCCCGUUUCCUACAUCCACGCGUCUACCUUCGAACCGUUCACUCGCUCUCAUGCGAACGCCUAAAGAAACGCACAGAACAUUUUCGUGAGGCUCCACGCGCUCUUCACAACGCGGCAGACGGAGGAGACCUAAAUGAAGGCUUCCCCAUUUCGAUUUCUCAAGAGUUUGCGUGCAACUCGAAGGAGUUCGCGACGCUCGAACAGGUUACGCAGUUCCGUUUCCACUUCCUCUUCGCGCGUCCACUUGCCCGGUUCUGCUCAUCGUCUCCGCUCUUGGUAGCCUCCCGUGUUAGCUCUCUGUCCCCGUUCGGUCUCUGCAAUGGUGGCCAAGCGCACAGUCCUCCUUUCAUCAGCUGCUGUAGCGGCUGCGACUCUCUUUAGCAGAUUUUCGGCAUCUGCGGAGGAGCAUGAACUUCCGACGGCGUGGACGAGCAUGACAGUUGCGUCGUCUCGCGCUCCGCUGGGCACAACAGAGGUUCCCCACGGACUUCUGCCGGAAGAUUCUCGCGGCGGAAGAAUCCUCGGCGACCAGAACCGCGCGCUGUCUCCCCCGCAAGCUUCAGAAAAAGUGCAGAUUCCCACAGCUGUGGAGAGCGGCGGCGGUCGAGGCGCCGCUGUAGAGAACUCGGGAGCCAGACCAGCUUUUGAGGAGCGUGCAGAGGACAGGGAACCUGGAGCGAAAAGACGAACCCCCGCUCUGGACAGCUCCGCAGAGGAAGCGCAAGUGACGAGAAGGAGGAGCGCCGGUCUGGCGCCUUGGGCUCGCGAGGACCGGAGUUCUCCGUUGUUGACCGUCGCUGUCACUGUGCUUGCCGUCGCAAUCACAUCUGCAGCCGUCGACUGCGUGAAGGGAGUGACACCCAAAUUGUCGAACGCUAUUGACAAGGAACUCAAGGAACUGGCCUCCAGGGUACGGAAAAGGAGAUACGCAGGGAACUAUGCGGCCGAGAAAAGUGAUUGUCUAGUGUCUUUACAGGAGACACACAAUGCCAGGACUUUUUGGACGACGCAUGCGUUUUUUCUGUGGACGGACGGAGAAAAGCCUCUCUCCGUCUCUACUUCAGAACGACCACCACUCAGAAGGCUGUUCAUGCGCAGCGAAUGUCCUCCAUUCCAGAGCAUGGAAGAACUACUUUGGCGGGUUUUCUUGGAACAGUGUGCACAGAUACUUUCGCAAAGAAGCAGCACAAGGAGUGAUAGUGUCCAUCUGUGUAAGCGAGCAUUUGACUCCUCGCGUUGGUGGCCAGAGGUGAAGGCCCCCCAAUUCUUUUCUUCUUGAGAGAGUCUGUCGCUUUUUCG